GGUCUUCGCACAUUAUAACAACUCCACGCCAACGCGGCAGCAACUCUACUCACACUCUCGAUGAGUAGUCAACUAGUUGAUCCACCCAAUGGUCACUAGUGGACAACGCGGUGUCAAGGAGUGGCCAACGCGGUGCCAACGAGUGGGUUAUUCAACAGACAACUCGUCUAACCUCAGUUUUCGGUUAAAUUUUGUCCAAAGAAGUCGUGUUGCUUAUGAAAUGUCGAACUUUACAUUCAGUGAACUGGCGAUUAUAGCUAUUAUAUUUGAUAAUGAAAAUGAACGAAACAGCAGGAAAAGAAGAUAUUGGGUACAUGAUAUGUUGCGACAAAGGAAAUCAGAAGGGGAAUAUUGGAAUAUCCGGAAACGUCUGCUAGAUGACGAAGAAAAAUUCUAUAUCUAUUUCCGUAUGCCGAGAUACUUGUUUUAUUAUAUACUUAAUAUUAUUGAGGACGACAUCUACAAAAGAAACACGCGAUUUAGAGAAGCUGUAUCACCGGAAGAAAAGCUGGCAGUGACAUUAAGGUACUUGAUUAGUGGCUGUUCAUUUAGGACUAUGAGUUCAAGCUUUCGGUUAGGCGAAAGUACCAUCCGGUCGAUAUUAAAAGAUGUGUGCAAUGCGAUUAUAAAUACAAUGAAGGGGAAGUUCAUGCCCACACCUACUACCGAAGACUGGAAAAGCAUCGCAGAUGGUUGA